GAUGAAAAAGCGGAAGGAAGUAAAUGUUGAGUAAGUGGAAUUUACCCAUUUUCAUCGCCUGGUGCACAGACUCAUGAGAACACUGAUUGCUCGUCUGCAGACAUGUUGUCUUGGUUUUGGUUCUCUCUCAUUCUCACCUGCCAGCCACCACAAGGCGCGGCCCAGCUCCAAAGCUGCCUAUCACAAGCCAGCGAUGUCAUUUCACGAGGGACGGGACAAGACGCCGAGAUCUGGUGCAGGGUCCACCCCAACUGCUCCACCAAGGGCCUGCGUCACCAAUGGUUCGCUUUCAAGCGCGAUAGUCAUUUUCCUCUCCACCCGGACAAACAGCCUCACAAGUACAGCCUCCAAGGAGCAACUUUACAAAUAAUGUCCCUCGACGCCAACGACAGCGGGAUUUACUACUGCGGCAGCACCCUGUCCCACGGAGAACCCAGACCUAGGACUCAGCAUGUAGGGCUGGGAACCAUUCUUGUUGUUAAAGAAAAAAACAAGCUAAUGGUGGGACAUGUUCUGCUAUGGUUAACCUUCGUCCUCCUGGUCAUCUACAGCCUGGCAACACUCACACUUGUCAUUCAGAAGAAGUACGGCCUCAAUAUAUGGAACUGCAGGAGGUUAUACAAAAGUGACAAGCAAAAGAGCAGCACAAGUAAAACCAGAAUAUUCCGGGAUGUGCUGCAAGAGAUGCACCACAGACGUGACUUGAAGAGAAGCAAAAGGAGCACCAAGAGGAACCCCGCGUCGCUUGAGACAACAUCUGCUGAGUUUAACAACCUGGCCCCUGACGACAUCUAUCAAAAUGUCUAAUAGGAGGAUUGUUUUUUCCACCGCCUCUCCAUAUAUUUGUACUUUCAGCUCAGUAUCUUUUUGGAACUUGAUGCCAAAAAAGAAGAUUCAAAAGAUAUAGAUACACUGUUUAUGUGGCAGGUUUCCUUUAUAGCACACUUUUUCACUCAAGGGUAAGAAAAUUGAAUAGGAUGCCAGAGACACUGAUAUAUUUUGUGCUAAAUGAACAAAACAAAGACAAUAAUAAUUAUUACAACAUCUAAUAAUAUAUCUACAUAAUGAUUUAUUAUCAUAUGCAAGUGGCCAAUAAAGAAGUAAAUGGUCCCUGAGGACAUCCUUGCUUUAAACUUUGGAUAUUUAUAUUUACAAUUAUGCCAAAAGCACUAAUUCUAAUUUCUAAUAUCAAAUAUGACAUUUUAGUGACAGUUCUGUCUUGAAUCACAUCUAAGUUGUUGUGAUUAAAAUCUGUGAUGAUGUAUAAAUGUAUAAAAGGCAAAAAACACCCCAAAAAAAGUGUCUAAACACUUCUGGAUGUACAAAUACAUUCAUGUGUCACAAGAAGCAAAUGCGUGAAUGGUGACAUGAUUUUUUUUAAAUAAAAUACAACCUGAACUAUAAACAAUUUUCUUUAAAAUAUCAUUGGUUAACCAAACAUGUAAAACAAGGCACAUGAGCUGACAUUAUGUAAUGUAGUACCAUGCAAUAGAAAUGGAGCAAAAUCAUACAGUGGUACAGUUUCACCUAUCAAAAAUCUUGCCUAAAUAACAUUGAAAUAGUUUUGCAAUGUAUUGUACUGCUACUGUACCAAUACUGUCCCCAAAGUGAAGCCAACCAUGAGCUUAAAGGGCAACUGCACUUUUUUUGGAAGUUGGUCUAUUGUUCACAAUCAUUAUGACAGACAAUACUACAGAAGUAUUUUUAAUGCAUUGUAAAUAUUGAAUAUUAUGCUGAUGACACCCAACUCUACAUGCCCCUAAAGCUGACCAACACGCCGGAUUGUAGUCAGCAGGAGGCGUGCCUUCAUGAAAUUAAACAAUGGAUGUCCGCUAACUUUUUGCAGCUCAACGCUAAGGAAAGGGAAAUGCUGAUUAUCGGUCCUGCUAGAGACCGACCUCUAUUUAAUAACACAACUUUAACAUGUGACAACCAAACUAUUAAACAUCUAUUUAAUAACACCACCUUAAAAUGUGACAACCAAACAAUGACACAGGGUGACUGGGUAAAGAAUGUGGGUAUUAUCUUCCAGCCAACUCUCAUACAUUAAAAGUGUUGCGAAGACGACCUUCUUUCAUCUCCGCAAUAUCUCUAAAAAGUGUUCCAUUUUGUCCACUAACAAUGCAGAUCAUUAUUCAUGUGUUCAUUAGGUCCCUUCUCCAUUACUGUAACCUAUUAUUUUGGGGUCUCCCCAUGUCUAGCAUUAAAAGAUUACAGUUGGUACAAAAUGCGGCAGCUAGACUUUUGACAAGAACAAGAACGUUUGAUCAUAUUACACUUACACUGUAUGUAUAUGUAUAUGUAUAUGUAUACAGUAUAUAUUAGGGCUGCGAACCUUUGGGUGUCCCACGAUUUGAUUUAAUAUCGAUUUUUGGGGUCACAAUUCGAUAAUAUAUCGAUUUUCUGAUUCAACGCGAUUCUCGAUUCAAAAAGGAUAUUUUCCCGAUUGAAAAGGAUUGUGUAUUCAUUCAAUACAUAGAUUUCAGCAGGAUCUACCCCAGUCUGCUCACAUGCUAGCAGAGGAGUAGAUUUUUGUAAAAGUUUUCAUAAUUGUAAAGGACAAUGUUUUAUCAACUGAUUGCAAUAAUGUAUUAAAGGAAGCAAAAACAUGACUUAUUUUAUCUUUGUGAAAACAUUGGACACAGUGUGUUGUCCAGCUUAUGAGAUGCCAUGCAAGUGUAAGCCACUGUGACACUAUUGUUCUUUUUUAUUAUUUUUAUAAAUGUCUAAUGAUAAUGUCAAUGAGGGAUUUUUAAUCACUGCUAUGCUGAAAUGAUAACUAAUAUUGAUACUGUUGUUGAUAAUAUUCACUACUUUUGUUUUGUUCUGUGUGGUGUUUGUGUCUCCUCUCAAUUGUUCUGUUUAUUGCAGUUCUGAGUGUUGCUGGCUCAGCUUUGCUUUUGGAAUUGGAUUGCAUUGUUAUGGUAUUGCUGUGUAGUGGUUUGUUGGAUUGAUUAAAAAAAAUAUAUAUUUAUUUUUUAAAAAUGAGAAUCGAUUCUGAAUCGCACAAUGUGGGAAUUGCGAUUUGUAUUUGAAUCGAUUUUCCCCCACACCCCUAAUAUAUAUAUAUAUAUAUAUAUAUAUAUAUAUCGGUAUAUAUAGUGUUGCUGGGUCAGGUUUGCUUUUGGAAUUGGAUUGCAUUGUUAUGGUAUUGCUGUGUAGUGGUUUGUUGGAUUGAUUGAAAAAAAUAAUAAUAAUAAUAAUUUUAACAUAAAUUUUUUUUUUGAUUUUUAAAAAAUUAGAAUUUAUUCUGAAUCGCACAACAUAAACGAUUCGAUUUGUAUUUCAAUCGAUUUUUUCCCCACACCCCUAGUAUAUAUAUAUAUACAUACUAUAUAUAUCCAGCCAUCCAUUUGCUACCGCUUGUCCCUUUUGGGGUCACUGGCCCCUAUCUCAGCUGCAUUCGGGCGGUAGGCGGCAUACACCCUGGACAAGUCGCUACCUCAUCGCAGGGCAUACCAUCCAUCCAUCCAUCUAUAUCUAUAUCUAUAUACACACACACACACAUAUAUAUAAUAUACAUACUGCAUACAUACACAUAUAUACACACACAUACACAUAUACAUAUGUAACCCUAACCCAUUGGGUUGAGUGUUUUCUUUGCCUGAUGUGGGAUCUGAGCUGAGGAUGUCGUUGCUUGUGCAGCCAUUUGAGACACUGGUUAUUUAAGUAAACAUUGAUUGAUUGAAAUACAUUCGAUCAAAAGUCUGCUUACAAUGGAGCCUAUGAGAGCCGCUCCAAGGUUUUAUAUGCAUGAUGUAAGUACAGUAUAUACAGUAUGUUAAAGUUGAAGUAGCAAUGAUUGUCACACACACACACACACACACACACACACACACACACACACACACACACUAGGUGUGGCGAUAUCAUUCUCUGCAUUUGACUCAUCACCCUUGAUCACCCCCUGGGAGGUGAGGGGAGCAGUGAGCAGUAGCGGUGCCGCGCCCAGGAAUCAUUUUUGGUGAUUUAACCCCCAAUUCCAAGCCUUGAUGCUGAGUGCCAAGCAGGGAGGUAAUGGCUCCCAUUUUUAUAGUCUUUGGUAUGACUCGGCCGGGGUUUGAACUCCCAACCUACCCAUCUCAGGGCGGACACUCUAACCACUAGUCCACUGAGUAGUUAUAUAAUGGAGUAUCAGGCACAUGUAUUAUAACACUUCAUAUUCACUUAUUUCAAGCAUAUUUUUCCCCAAUACAUCAGUGAUAUCGACUCACUGCAGACUUUAUGACAGCCUACAAACAUAAUAAAGCAUCUCUUACUGUACAUGGUCUGCUGUCAUUAGGAUGCCGACUGCUAGGAUGUUCAUAUAUUCUCAUUUACAUGAAGAAUAACUCAAAAUCCUCGUGAAGAAAAGGGAGGUGAAACCAAGCGUCCUUUUGUGUCCUUCUUGCCAUUACCGGGUCUACUUUCCAGCUGAGAGGCAAGACUUGUGAUCUAAAAUAAAGUUUGAGCAGCAAGGAAAGGAGGAAGCAGCUCAUCAGUUGAUCAUGUCAACAGUGAUAAAUACUUUGUCUGUGUUAGUGCUUAUAAUAACAAUAUCACUAAUGUUUGCUUAACAUUCAAGUCAGGAAAUGUCAAUGGAUUAUAUUUUGGUGUUUUUUUAAUUGGGUUUUAUGGACAGAAUAGAGCACACCUCCCAUUGGCUGCACUGCAGGGAGACUUUUAUUUAAGAGUUGGAAUGCAUUUCAAAAAAUAAUUGUUGCGAACAAUAGACAAACCUCCAAAAAAACUGCAGUUCCCUUUUAAAACCAAAGUAAGCAUCAAACUGUGAUUAUGUCGUACAGUACUGUUUAUAUAACUUUCUCUAUAAAAAUGUACAAGAAAGGCCAACUUUGCCCAUCCGCUGCUGAGUAACUGAACACUCUAGGCCAGUGUUUUUCAAGCACUGUGCCGCGGCACACUAGUAUUGCCUGGUGUGCACUAGAAAAUCAUGCAACUUCACCUAAUUGGUCCCCCCAAAAUUUUUUUUGCAACUCAAUAAUUAUAAUCUGAAAAUAAUGUGCUGUUGUGUAAAACUGGGCGGGGUAAUCACCUAAUACUCCAUAUCAGUAGGUGGCAGCAGGUAGGUAAUUGCUUUGGAAAAGUCGGAAUGUGUCGAGUGAGACGAGGACGGUUUGUUGGGAUCCCAAUAUGCGGACCACAGCGGGAGGCAGCGUGCAGGUAAAAAGGUAUGUCAUGCUUAAAGGGGAACAUUAUCACAAUUUCAAAAGGGUUAAAAACAAUAAAAAUCAGUUCCCAGUGGCUUGUUGUAUUUUUUGAAAUUUUUUUCAAAAUUUUACCAAUCUCGGAAUAUCCCUAAAUAAAGUUUUAAAGUGCUUGAUUUCCGCUAUUUGCGAUGCGACGAUCCAUUUCCCUGUGACGUCACACAGUGCUGCCAAUGUAAACAAACAAUGGGAAUACCACAGCAAGAUAUAGCGACAUUAGCUCGGAUUCAAACUCGGAUUUCAGCGACUUAAGCGAUUCAACAGAUUACGCAUGUAUUGAAACAGAUGGUUUUAGUAUGAAAGUAUUGAAGAAGAAACUGAAACUAUUGAGCGAAUAGCUAUUGACGCUAUUCAUAGCCAUAGCAUGGCCGAAUAGCUGCGUUAGCAUCGCCGGUAAAAUGUGGGGACCAAAGGAUCAGGACUUUCGCAUCUUUUGACACGGGAGCAACUUAAAUCCAUUGAUUGGUAAGUGUUUUUUUCGCAUUAAAUGUGGGUGGAAUGAAACGUAAUAUAGUUGCAAAUGCAUCUGCAGGUUAUCCAUACAUCUCUGUGCCAUGUCUGCUUUAGCACCGCCGGUAAAUAGCAUGUUAGCAUCGAUUAGCGUAGCAUGUUAGCAUCGAUUAGCUGGUAGUCAACAUCAACAAAACUCACCUUUGUGAUUUCGUUGACUUUAUCAUUGCAAAUGCAUCUGCAGGUUAUCCAUACAUCUCUGUGCCAUGUCUGAAGACACUCUGGUACAUUCAAUGGGGGUCUGGCGGCAGAUUUCUUGCCAGUGGUGCAACUUGAAUCCCUCCCUGUUAGUGUUGUUACACCCUCCGACAACACACCCACCAGGCAUGAUGUCUCCAAGGUUCCAAAAAAUAGUCAAAAAAACGGAAAAUAACAGAGCUGAGACCCGGUGUUUGUAAUGUGAAAAUGAAAAUGGCGGGUGUGUUACCUCGGCGACGUCACAUUCUGACGUCAUCGCCUCCAGCACGAUAAACAGAAAGGCGUUUAAUUCGCCAAAAUUCACCCAUUUACAGUUUGGAAAUCGGUUAAAAAAAUAGAUGGUCUUUUUUCUGCCCCAUCAAGGUAUAUAUUGACACUUACAUAGGUCUGCUGAUAAUGUUCCCCUUUAAACCAAAAAAUGAACAAAAGGGAAAGGAAAAGGCAAUGGCUAUGCAAAACGAAAGUGAAACUGAACUGGCUACAAAAGUAAACAGAAGCAGAAUACUGGACGACAGCAAAAACUUACAGUGUCCAGAAUGUACAUGACAUGACAAUCAAUGUUCACCCAAAGAAGGAUAGCAACGACGUAAACAGCCUUGCUUGCUAACACAAAGCUGAAACUGCUGCAGGAAAACACCAACAAAAGAGGAAGGGCCACCAAAAUAAGAGCGCAAGACAAGAACUAAACCACUACACGCAGGAAAACACCAACAAACAAGUAUUGAUGUUAUUGGAACAUUGACAAAGUUAACAAUUAAAUAAAGACUUUAUAAACAGGUUAUGGCAACGUUUAUGUUCACGACACAUGGCCUGCUGCACGUUUAUGCUCCAUGUUUCUGGCCAAACGGCACGACUGAGCAUGCGCCGACGCCGUUGUGAGUCCGCUUCCAGGAAGUAAGCACUGUUGCCUAAAAUGCAUUAUUAAAAGACGGUUUUUGCAGUAAUUGAAAAUAUAAACGGCAUUACUGACCGUCUGAAAUUUUACUGCGGUUUAGCAUCAUUCCGUUUACCGUUACAUCCAUACUAUGAACAUAUAAAAACAAUCACUUACUCUACAAUGUCUGCUCUCAGUAAGAUGCUAACGAAUGGGAUGUUCAUAUGUUACCGUUUAGAUGAAGAAUUAAUCAUAAUCCUUUCGCAGGUAAAAAAACAAACUAAUGUCUUUUGGUGUCUUUCUUGCCAUCGGCAGGCAUAAAGUUGGACGACACACUUAUCGUUUUAUGGCCACAUUCUUCUGCUACACAACUGAUCUAAAAAUGAACUUUCACCAGCUCAGAGGCGAGAGAGAAGCUCACCAGACCAUGACGUCAAUAUAGCAGCAUAAGCUAGUUACAUCUCUCUCUGAUCCAGUGUUUUUCAACUUUUGGAGCCAAGGCACAUUU